UCAAAAUCAAAACAUGACGGUGUUAAAAAUUUAGAGGAGGUGCGUUACAAAGAAAGUAAUAAUUUUUUGAGAAAUUCGCAAGAAAAAUUGUCUCAAAUUGAUAUUAAAAUGGAAAGCGAGGAAGCGAAACGGGCCAAUUUAAAGACGGCGAAGCAGGCUUUUCAAAAACUCAAAACCGAAUGGUCGAAACGUCCUCCCAAUUUAGAAGUUUGUGGACAGUUACUCACCGAAUUGAAAGUGUUACUGCUUGAAUUACAAUUCCUGCCUACCAACGCUGAUGCAUCAGAGGAAGAAUUAUUAUUAGCGAGGAGCUGUCUUGAAAUCGGCGCACAAUGGAGUAUUGCUCAAAGAGAGAUUGCAUCGUUUGAACGUUACAUGAAACAGUUGAAAUGUUACUAUUUGGAUUACAAGAGAAAACUACCCGAGUCGGCUCAGAUGUACCCAUUAUUGGGAUUGAAUUUAUUAUUUUUACUAUCUCAAAACCGAGUCGCUGAAUUUCACAUUGAAUUAGAAUUAUUACCUAUUGAUAAAAUUUUGAAUAACGCUUUCAUAAAACAUCCGGUAUCUUUAGAGCAAUACAUUAUGGAAGGCAGUUACAACAAGGUACAUACUGCUGCUCACAUAGUUCCAGAUCCUUCUUAUGCUAUAUUCAUGGAAUCCUUAAUUGAAACAAUUCGAAACGAGCUAGCCAGAUGUUUAGAAAAAGCAUAUCCGAAAAUAUCUGUUAAAGGAGCUAUGUCGAUAUUAAAUUUGCCUAAUGAACAAGUUUUGGCCCAAUACAGUAAAACGAGAAACUGGCAGUAUCAUGAUGGUUAUUACAUGUUCAGCGGAGAUGUCGAUGAAAUGGCUGUGGAUGAAGAAAUGCCUUACGUAAACGUAGCCAAAAAAAUGUUACAGUACGCGAGAGAAAUGGAGAUGAUUAUUUAAGAAGAUACUUUUUGUGUGUUAUAAAAAUUUCUUUUAAUGUUAUUAAUGCAGAUGAAUUGGUUUGUAACAUUUAACUGUAAAAAUAUUCAAUACAAAUUUUUGCUAUAA